AGUUAGUUUUAAAAUGCAGCUGCUACUGCCUACUGCUUUUCUGACGAUGAAUCGAUUCAACGCUUCAACGCUUCAACGCAGGAUCGGGUGGAGAAACCAGCUUUCGUACACAGCACACGACGGACCAACAAGCCCCCGUCAGAACCCAGAAUCUGUCAAGGCGAGCUGCGAGAGAGGGGGAGAAAGAGAGAGAGAGAGAAAGAGCACAUCUGGUAACUGGUGGGUUCGAGUCGACAGGUAGAGAUUUUGAAGAUCCACAUACCAAUCAUUUACGUUACGACUUCCCGAGCACAUAUCCCGUGCAUUGAGGGAAAAAGAUGAGUACAUUAGAUGCAACCAGAGCAGAACUUGCUCUUGUUGUCUUGUACUUGAGCAAAUCUGAAGCCAGGGAUAAGAUUUGCAGGGCGAUACAAUAUGGUUCAAAAUUCUUGAGCAAUGGAGAGCCUGGUACAGCUCAAAAUGUUGAUAAAUCAACUAGUUUGGCUCGCAAAAUUUUUCGUCUUUUUAAGUUUGUCAAUGAUUUGCAUGCUCUUAUUAGUCCAACUCCUAAAGGAACUCCUCUUCCAAUUAUUUUACUUGGAAAGUCAAAAAAUGCAUUGUUGUCAACUUUCUUGUUUCUGGAUCAAAUUGUCUGGCUUGGAAGAACAGGCAUUUAUAAGAACAAAGAACGUGUAGAGCUGGUUGGCAGGAUAUCUCUUUUCUGUUGGAUGGGUUCCUCAAUUUGUACCACUCUAGUUGAGCUUGCGGAGCUUGCAAGACUGUCUGCAUCAAUGAAGAAGUUGGAAAAGGAACUCAAGAACACUGAUAAAUACGAAAAUGAGCAGUACCGCACUAAGCUCAAACAAUCAAAUGACAGAUCAUUAGCUCUUGUAAAAGCAAUCAUGGAUGCAGUGGUCGCAGUUGGACUGCUUCAACUGGCACCUAAGAAGGUCACUCCUCGUGUGACAGGAAGCUUUGGGUUUGUCAGCUCACUAAUCUCUUGUUAUCAGUUGCUUCCUUCCCCACCAAAGAGUAAGGCACCCUGAGAAAGGAAGACCAUGUUGCUCAGCCUGCAUCACAAUAACUCUACAUAUUGGUAGGGACGAUGGUGGUGUACGCUAGUUUACAAGAUGUUUCUUUUUUGGAAGUUUACUAGAUGUUGAAUGGUGAAGAGAUAAUUGAUGUUUUACCUGCUUAAACAUAUGAUCCUGAUUUGUUCUUGCUUUCUUAUAUCGUGAAAAUAUAUAUCCCACUGUCUCAGUUGAUUGAAUGGUCA